UUUUAUAACCACCUUCUCCUUCUCGUCUUUUCUCUAUUACGUAUCGUAACACGCAUAGUUAAUACAUUUAAAUCACAUAUAAGUUCAAAAUGGUUCUCGCACGAGCUGUUUUCGGUGGUGUUCAACGCCGAGCUUUCUCGGUCUCGGCGCGAAACCUCUCCAAGGUCACCGUUCUUGGUGCUGCCGGUGGUAUCGGCCAGCCGCUCUCUCUUCUAUUGAAGCUUAACCCCAGAGUAACUGAGCUUGCUCUCUACGAUAUCCGCGGCGCUCCCGGUGUUGCUGCUGAUGUCUCCCACAUCAACACGAAGAGCACCGUCAAGGGCUAUGACCCCAGCCCCACCGGCCUUGCCAACGCCUUGAAGGGCAGUGACAUCGUCCUCAUCCCCGCCGGUGUCCCCCGAAAGCCCGGCAUGACCCGUGACGAUCUCUUCAACACCAACGCUUCCAUUGUCCGCGAUCUUGCCAAGGCCGCCGCCGAGUCUUGCCCGGAAGCCAACCUCCUCAUCAUCUCCAACCCCGUCAACUCCACCGUCCCCAUCUGCGCCGAGGUUUUCAAGGCCCGUGGUGUCUACAACCCCAGGCGUCUCUUCGGUGUUACCACCCUCGAUGUCGUUCGCGCCAGCCGAUUCGUCAGCGAGCUUAAGAACACCGACCCCAAGGACGAGAAUAUCACCGUCGUUGGUGGUCACUCCGGUGUCACCAUCGUCCCUCUCUUCAGCCAGAGCGGCCACCCCGAUCUGACCUCCAACACCGAGCUCGUGAAGCGCGUCCAAUUCGGUGGUGACGAGGUUGUCAAGGCCAAGGACGGUGCCGGUUCCGCUACUUUGUCCAUGGCUAUGGCUGGUGCUCGCAUGGCCGAGUCCCUUCUCCGCGCCUCACAGGGCGAGAAAGGCGUUAUCGAGCCCACCUUCGUCGACAGCCCCCUCUACAAGGACCAGGGCAUUGAUUUCUUCGCCUCAAGAGUCGAGCUCGGCCCCAACGGUGUUGAGAGGAUCCUUCCCGUCGGCGAGAUAGACGCCAACGAGGAGAAGCUCCUAGAGGCGUGCUUAGGCGACCUCAAGAAGAACAUUGAGAAGGGUGUUGCCUUUGUCGCUUCCAACCCUCCCAAAUAAAUAACAGCAAUCUAGAUAGCUAGAACUCGGCGUUAGUUAACGUGCGUACAAAUAAUCACGAAGGAGAAGCAAAGUCGAUGGGUAUGCUUGAAUGAUGUAGACUAUGUUUGGUCAUAUGCUCAUAUGCACCCACGGCUGGCUCGGCCUUCCGCUACUUGUCUCAUGGGAAAACGCGAUAGACUUAGUACCUAGAGAUGUACAAUAGUAAAUGAUAAAGAUAUGAUAUCAUGAUAUCCCCCCUCGUAUUA